CCCAACUCCAUCAGGGCCAGAUUCGGAACAGACCAAACGAAAAACGCCUGUCAUGGCAGUGACUCACCCGAAUCAGCCCGGAGGGAGCUGGAGUUCUUCUUCCCUAGAGAUACCAGUCGUAGCAGAGCUCCCGCGAACACAGCCAGACUGAGUAACAGCACCCUGGCCGUUGUGAAGCCACAGGCUGUGAAGGAUGACCAGCUCGCUCAAAUUGUGAAAGACAUUGAUGCAGCUGGAUUCAAUAUCCUCGCCUUAAAGAGUUUCAACCUGGAGAAGAGUGACUGUGAGGAGUUCCUGGAAGUGUACAAGGGAGUGGUGAAUGAGUACGGGGACAUGGUGUGUGAGAUGAGCAGUGGGACAUGCGUGGCUCUGGAGAUAGACGCUCAGGGCGAUCCCGCCAAGUUCAGGGCAUUCGUUGGACCAGCAGAUCCAGAAAUCGCCAGGCACUUGAGACCGCAGACCCUCAGGGCGAAGUAUGGGAAGAGCAAGGUGCAAAAUGCAGUCCACGUCACAGAUCUUGUGGACGACGCCCCUCUAGAGGUCGAAUAUUUCUUCCGCAUUUUGUCUCAAUGAGAGACAGACAGAGAUAAUGAGAGAGACGAAGUUAAUCAAUCAACAACUGCAUAUUUGGUGAAGGAACGAAAACAGAACUGAAAACUUAAACUGUACGGAAAUUAUAAUGAAAAUGAAUUGAUGAAUCUUUAAUUGUGUAGAUAUGUGGAUAUGUAUGUAGUACCAACUUACCAAUCGGCA